AUGCCACAGGCUGAUGCCCUACAGGCCUCACACGGUGCGCCGAGCUAUGUGCGCAGGCAUACGCCGCAAAUUUCCAUAUCCGACGACAACCACCACGUCACAGAGGCCAUCGGAGGCAUGUACGGCGGCGACGACGAUGAUUACCUGACGCCCUCGAACCGCAACUCGCGACCGCUCAGCUUCGUCGGAUCCGCCAUAGAGGCCUACCAACUCGCNCCCUCGUAUCUCGAUACUAAGCGCUCCUCACCGCCCCGAUCCCCGCUUCAGCAGACUGGUAGCAACGAGAAACUGCCCUCGUCCGACACGGCCUCGCGCAAGGGCAGUCUCGGCUCCGAGAACCUCCCUCUGGACUCGUCUUCNCCGCCCACGUUAUCCAGGAAGUCAUCGUCAUCAGCCGAGACGGCAGUACAGCAGUUUCCNCUGAACGAUAUUGACUAUGAGUCGAGUCCUGCCGCCGUGGCUCAAGAGCUCAACAACCUUCAAGCCAUCCGCCGCAUGUCCAUGAGUGUCGACAACGCAGACCCCGACCUACCUAGUUUUGGAUCCUCCGCUCCGACUUCACCAGAAGCGGUCGAUGAAGAUGAAGCCUCGCGCUUGUUCUGGGUCCCAGCGCGCCUACAUCCCGAGCUUGCUCCCAAGGAAUUCAAGACAUUUGUCGAAGACCGCGUCGAUCGCAUAAGAAAGCGCUCUGGGUCUGGUGACUCGCUGAUGCCUGGUGUGGAAAGGUCGAAUUCUGGUAGUAGUCUCACAAGGAAGAAGAGCAUGCUUUCACGCCAGAUCGAUUCGUCCAGNGGAUAUGAAGAUGGUGCCGAACGCUUGCAGCGGAAGCGAUCAGAGGGGGAACAAUCACAGAUAUCACCGACAGCCGAAAAUUUGCAAGAGCUGGAAGGUCUGGUCAACAACGUCAGUCUAGACUCUGCCAGGAACAGUCUUGAUUCGGGCGUACAGAUGGCCGAUGCCCCGGUUCUGCCUGCUCCAGGUCCUGCGCUCAAGCGGUCUACAAGAACGUAUAUGCGCAAAGAUCGUGCACCUUUCUCAAGACGUGGCCACAGCCGCCAACCUGACAGCAGGCAAUCCGAGUCCGAUGGUGAAGGAAGCCGAGCUCCCUCGCCCGCUUUGUCAAUGCGAGAGCCUCCUUCCCCAGGUAUCAACCGUGUACAGACUGAGCCUGCAUUAGCUCGUGAUGCCGUUGCUGGUGCUGGACGCCUGUCCUCUGCUUCUUCAGAAGAUUUGAUCCAACAUAAGACGAAGGCUAGCCAAGCCAAAGAUAGCACUCCUCCUCAGAACGCUGUCCCCGCCACAACUUUCCAUUCACGGAUUGCUACCAAUGGUCGGACUACUGCUCCUAUCCCUGGUGUUAGCAGUCCGAUCCCACACAUAGUCGAGACGCCUCCUGUGACCAACAGCUUUACUGUUCCGGAACGNAAAAUCAUCACACAUCCCACCCUCUACCCCGCUACCAACCCAGCAGCAUUCGACCCUGCUCCUCCUUCACAUGGGCCAGCGCAACAUCAUGCCCCUCCUCGUGCUCGUCCGAGUGCUAGAGGCGCUCACUCCCGUCCGUCCAUGAUUCACUCCAACUCGGCUCGCUCCACCAAGUCCACUCUAGAAGACAUAUCCUCCCACCCAUCACCUCUGCCUGGAAGCGGGAACACGCGGACCGAUGCUCUCACCAUGGUACCAACAUACGAAGAGAAGAAAGUCGAGAAGAAGGACAGCCGCAAAACAAGCUGGAACUGGCUCCUCGGUAGCGAGGAGAAGGACAAGGAGAAGGAGCGUAGGACAGAAGAUAAAGAGCGAGAGAAGGAGGCGUCCAAGAAGUUGAAGGCUGCCGCCAAGCAACAUCCAAAGACUGCAGAGAAGACUCGCCUGGACGUGCUGCAGUCGUCCAUCGAUGGCAAUGCCACGAUUCCCAAAGGUCGAGAGUCAUUGGUUCUUGAUCGCGAGAGCUUCAAGCUCGACGAAGAGCGUAAGAAGGAGAGCUCGCGGAAAUCCGCCGAUGGCAGAAAAGACAAGGAUUCGGGCAUCCUGUCCGCCAUCUUUGGAGGUGGUAAGCGAUCAAAAGAGCACAAGCAACAAUCUCAAGCGCCAAAAGAAUCUCUCCGGGCACCUUCUCCAGAGCCGGUUUCAAGGAUACUUCGGCCGGACAUUGAUUACAACUGGACGCGAUUUAGCAUCUUGGAAGAACGUGCUAUCUACCGAAUGGCGCACAUGAAGCUCGCCAACCCUAGGAGGCCACUACACAGCCAAGUGCUGCUGUCGAACUUCAUGUACAGCUAUCUCGCCAAAGUACAGAUGUAUCACCCUCAGAGCUCGGUCCCAACAGCACAGAAAACGGCACAGGCCAAACAGCAGCAACAGAUGCAACAGCAACAACAUCAGCAACAGCACCAUGACGACGCUGAAGCGGAUGAUAAGGUUCGUGAACGCAGAGAGUCAGUGACAGACCAACGACUAACAUUCUUGUAG